AUGGCCUCUAGCAAGUGUUUGAUCGCAGCUUUCUUUGUUUCUUUGACAAUAUUUUCGUCAAUGGAUGUUGGGCUUGCAGCUCGCCAUCUAUUGCAAUUGCCACCUUUGCCACCGUUGCCAAUUUUGCCUCAACCAUCAGCACUGCCGCCUUUGCCCUCGGUGACGACGCUGCCACAGCCUACGCUUCCAACAUUGCCGACCACACAACCAUCUUUGCCGAACCCUGCAUUGCCCACCAUUCCUAAUUCUAUUCCAAAGCUCACUCUUCCACCUCUUCCAAGCUUUCCUUCCAUCCCAACAAAUAUUCCUUCUAUUCCAUUGCCUUUCCUUUCUCCACCUCCCUCAAAUUAA